AUGACUACAUUUCCAGCAAUCCAAGCCACUCACGAGUUCAAGGAAACCCUCCUGUCUUUCUACGCUCAUGACUUCUUAUCUGGUGCAAAUAUCACUGAUGUUGCGUUUGCAGGUAUUCCCGGCAAGAUUUGGAACUACGAUCAAUUUGCCACUGUUUAUGCGGAGGAUGCCCCUUUAACGGAGGGCAUAGACCUAAAAUCCGCCUCCGUUGGCCGGAUACAAGGCAUGUUUAUGGUAUCGUCAUUGGAUGGACGUAAUGCCUAUGAUAUGUUAUCAAUUGUAUUCACAAACAAGAAGUACAAUGGAAGCACUCUACAGAUACAGGGAAUUGAUAAGCAAUUCGAGCAAUAUAGAGAAUUAUCGGUGGUUUCAGGUACCGGACAGUUUCGAUUUGUUCAGGGAUAUAUUACAUAUAAAACGGUUUUUGUGGACCUUCCAAAUGCAUACUUUGUUACACAAUGCAACGUCACAGUGAAACACUACUAG